CAAUCAUCUUCCUUUGUAUAUGAGACCUCGUAUCAGAGAUGUUUCAGAUAAACUCCGACCUAACCGAGCCUCCUUCGACGACGGAGAAACAAAGUUUCACCGGAAACAUCUUCCGCCUCUCAGGACCAUGUUCGGUCGAUGGCGGAAAUGGACUGUUCUUGUGGCAGCGAUCUGGAUCCAAGCAUCGACGGGAACCAACUUCGAUUUCUCAGCUUACUCUUCCCAUCUCAAAUCAGUUCUCGGAAUUUCUCAGGUGAGGUUAAAUUACCUCGCCGUGGCUUCUGAUUUGGGGAAAGCGUUUGGAUGGUCGUCUGGGAUUGCUUUAGGUUAUUUCCCUCUCUCCGUCGUUCUUUUCGCUGCGGCGGCUAUGGGAUUUGUUGGUUACGGUGUUCAGUGGCUAGUCAUCACCAACAUCAUCACUUUGCCUUAUUCUCUGGUGUUUCUCUGCUGCUUGUUAGCUGGAUUAAGUAUCUGUUGGUUCAACACAGCAUGUUUCAUCCUCUGCAUUCGUCAUUUCCCGAACAAUCGUGCUCUCGCCUUAUCUUUAACGGUAAGCUUCAAUGGAAUCAGUGCAGCAUUGUACUCCCUUGCUUUCAAUGCAAUUAACCCGUCGUCGUCCAAUCUAUACCUUCUGCUGAACUCUCUGGUUCCCCUUGUUGUUUCCUUUGCUGCUCUUUACCCAGUUCUUACUAAACCGUCUCUAGAUACUACUCCGGACUAUGAUUCCCGCAGACAUGACUCCCAUGUGUUUACCAUUUUGAAUGUUUUAGCUGUCAUUACGAGUUUCCACCUUCUCCUAUCUAGUUCCAGUACUUCAUCAGCGCGUUUGAAUUUCAUUGGAGCUGUCGUCCUUCUGGUUUUCCCCUUGUGUGCUCCUCUUCUCGUUUAUGCUCGGGAUUACUUUCUUCCGGUCAUUAACGCUCGUUUAAACCAUGAAAGCUCUGGCUAUGUUAUGCUUAACAUAGAUGAGCUCAAGAACCAAAAAACGUCCGUUUCCAGCAAAACCGGGUAUGAACAUAUGGGGACUGCUAAGGAAGGGAACACAGUGAGGCUCGGUGAUGAACAUUCGUUUCGAUUGCUCAUAAGUAGAUUGGAGUUUUGGUUAUACUACAUUGCGUAUUUCUGUGGUGGCACAAUUGGCCUUGUUUACAGCAACAAUUUGGGACAGAUUGCUCAGUCUUUGGGACAAAACUCUACUACACUAGUCACAAUCUACUCUUCAUUCUCCUUCUUCGGUAGAUUGCUCUCUGCCGCACCAGAUUUUAUGCACAAGAGAUUUCGUUUAACAAGAACCGGCUGGUUUGCAAUCGCACUCUUACCAACUCCAAUCGCUUUCUUUUUACUAGCGGUAUCAUCCUCACAACAAACAGCAUUGCAGACCGCAACCGCAUUAAUCGGUCUGAGUUCAGGUUUCAUAUUCGCAGCCGCAGUCUCCAUAACAUCUGAUCUCUUUGGACCCAAUAGCGUAGGUGUUAACCACAACAUUCUCAUCACAAACAUACCAAUCGGCUCACUCUUAUACGGUUACAUCGCUGCCUCCAUUUACGAAGCCAACGCAAGCCCCGAUAUAACACCAAUAGUGUCUGACUCAAUCGUUUGCAUCGGAAGAGAUUGCUACUUCAAAACGUUUGUGUUUUGGGGUUGCUUGUCUAUCCUCGGCGUCGUCUCAAGUCUGUCACUGUACAUACGAACCAAACCGGUUUAUCACCGGCUUGAACAAGACAAGGUUUCAUUAACAUCAUCGUACAAGGAUCUUGAUCCAUUGUAAAUCAAAUCUGUAACACAAA